UUCCUCCUCCUCCUCCUGGGGCAGCUGCUCUGGGCUGCUGAUUGAGUCAGCCUUAGUCCCUCACUGCACGUCUCCUGAAGUUCAGCCCUGAAACUCGGCUGCCAGGGGAGCCGAAGUCAUCCUACGAAGGUGUCUGAGCCAUACUGGACCCCUCCAGGGAGCCACGUGUGCCCAGCUGGGGCACUGCCCCAGCUGAUGCCCCACAGGGGUCCCCCGUCUCAAGAGGGACUCUGGACCCUGCCCUGCCUCCUCAUGGCGCAUGAGCCAGAGCCUGAGACUGAUGGACUGUUAGACCUCAGCUUCCUGACAGAAGAGGAGCAGGAGGCCAUUGCCGACGUCCUGAAGCGAGAUGCCCGCCUUCGCCAGUUGGAGGAGGGCCGGGUCAGCAAGCUCCGGGCCUCGCUGGCAGACCCCGGGCAGCUGAAGAUCCUGACGGGAGACUGGUUCCAGGAAGCGCGCUCACAAAGGCACCACCAUGCCCACCUUGGCUCUGACCUUGUCCGAGCCUCUAUCCGCAGAAAGAAGAGCUCCAGGGGCACGGGAGACCAGGCUCCAGGCAGCGAUAGGGAGGCUGAGGCUGCUGAAGAAGAAACUGAGGAGGAGCUGGAGCCCAGGCUCCCCACGGACGGGGCCCCCCAAGAGAUGCUCAGCAAGGCUGAGGAACCUGAUUCUCCCUCACCAUAUGUCCCCCUAAAGACUUCAGAGCAUGAGGAAGAGCCCCAGGCCCAGGAAGCACUGGGGCCUGAAUCUGCAGGUCACCAAGGUCGCAAAUCAGUCCCUCCAAAUUGGCUCAGGGGCGGGCAGGAGAGGGCCACGCUCAGCAGCUUGUGCCCCAUCCCAGCCCCGGGCCCAGGGGCCCCACAGGUCUACGCGGUGGAGGCGGACCCGGAGCCCAAGCCGCGGUCGCGGGGAGAGGAGCCACCGCCUACUACAGCCCAGACCCAGGCGGCGCCAGAGAUCCUGGAGAACGGAGAGGAGGCCCCGGGGCCCGGCCCCUCACUCGACCGCAUGCUCAGCAGCAGCUCCUCCGUGUCCAGCCUCAACUCCUCCACGCUGAGCGGCAGCCAGUUGAGCCUGUCCGGGGAGGCGGAGGCGGGCGCCGUGCAAGUGUGCGGCUCCGUGCACUUCGCGCUGCGCUACGAGCCGGGCACCGCGGAGCUGCGCGUGCACGUGAUCCAGUGCCAGGGCCUGGCGGCCGCGCGACGCCGCCGCUCGGACCCCUAUGUCAAAAGCUACCUCCUCCCGGAUAAGCAGAGCAAACGCAAGACGGCGGUGAAGAAAAGAAAUCUGAACCCGGUCUUCAAUGAGACUCUGCGGUACUCCGUCCCGCAGGCCGAGCUCCGGGGCCGCGUGCUGAGCCUAUCCGUGUGGCACCGCGAAAGCCUUGGUCGCAACAUCUUUCUGGGCGAAGUCGAAGUGCCUCUGGACACGUGGGACUGGGGCUCUGCAUCCACCUGGCUCCCCCUGCAGCCCCGGGUCCCGCCCUCUCCCGACGACCUUCCCAGCCGCGGGCUGCUCUCUCUGUCGGUCAAGUACGUCCCCGCCGGCUCCGAGGGCGCGGGACUGCCCCCCAGCGGGGAGCUGCACUUCUGGGUGAAGGAAGCUCAGGGCCUCGUGCCGCAGCGCUCAGGAACCCUGGAUUCCUACGUACAAUGUUCAGUGCUGCCUGAUGACAGCCGGGCCAGCCGCCAAAGGACAAGGGUGGUGCGACGCAGCCUCAGCCCUGUGUUCAACCAUACCAUGGUUUAUGAUGGCUUCGGGCCUGCUGACCUGCGCCAGGCCUGUGCUGAGCUCUCCCUCUGGGACCAUGGGGCCCUGGCCAGCCGCCAGCUGGGGGGUACACGCCUCAGCCUGGGCACAGGCAGCAGCUAUGGGCUGCAGGUGCCCUGGAUGGAUUCCACACCAGAGGAGAAGCAGUUGUGGCAGACACUCCUGGAGCGACCAUGCGAGUGGGUGGAUGGCCUUCUGCCACUCAGAACCAACCUGGUCCCCAGGACAUAGUUCUCCUAUAAGCCACCCAACUCCUCUCGGGACCCCCAUCUCAGGGCCUGCCCUUGGCUAAAACCAAUAAAGUUUAUUCUAAGGGCA